UUUGGGCCUCUGAGUUUUGUAUAUUUGCUUUGCUAAAACUAUAUAACAAUGUUUUCGGAUUUUCGAAAGUAAAUGUGAGAGUUGAACGUUUAACAUUUGUAAUCAAUCUAACUAUUGGUACACAAGUGAGAAAACGAAAAUUUAGAAAGUAGUUAAUUUGGCUGAUGUGUCAGAUAGAGGAGUGCUGACAUGCCAGACUCAGGUGAGGCUCAACUGAGUUAUUAUAUUAGAUAGAUAAUUAAUUUAAGUAAUUUUUUUUUUGAUCAAAAAUUAAUUUAAGUAAUUAUCUCCCUCUUUUUUAUCGAACAAACUUUCUUUAUCCACCAUAAAAUAAGAUAAAUAUACUAUAUAAAAAGUGAGAGAUAACAUCAUAUCUCAUUAUUCUCUCCAAAGUCCAAACCAACAAAAAAAAAGAAACAUGGCUUACCAAGCCAACUUUGACACAACGCCAGCGUCCUCCGUCGCUCCUCGUCCAUGGUGGUCACGACCAAUGAUGACUGUGCCGCCAAUUAGUGAACGUAAAUCCACUUGCAAGGAGAUGGCGGUUAUGUGUGCACCUUGCUGCGGCGGCUUCUUCACCAUCGUCCUCGUGUUCUUAAUCUUUUCGUCCAUCAACGACGCUCACUCCCACGCCAAAAUCUCCCUCCAGUCCUUCGCCGUCUCCUCCGCCACGUGGCAAGGCGAUUUUCUCGUGAAAAUCCCGAGCUCGAGGUAUUCUAUCUACUACGACGGCGAUGACGCCUCCGUAAGUCUAGGUUCACGAAACGUCGCCGUUUUGAACAUCACUAGUCGACGUGUUUCUAGAGAUCACACGGCUUUCUCGUUGACUUUCGUUGCUGAGGAGGGAAAUCGAAGUGACGUCGUGUCGGAAGAUCUUGACAUUAAACUCGUGGCGAAGCAUAAGCGUUACGAGGAUUAUGAUAAAGCUGGAGAGUUUAAUAUACGGUGCCAAAAUCUUACUCGGGGCCGUGAGAAGAUUAUAUGCGACUCCUCUUUUACAGAUUUGAAGUUGUUUUCUUUAAUAACACUUCGAGGUACAAUUGAAUAAAUCGAUUAGGCUUCUAGUUUUUUUUUUGUUCAUCCUUUUGUUUUAUUUUCUGUUAUGAAUUAGUCCAUACGUUUUGUUUUAUUUCUUCUCCUUCCCAUAUAUCAGUUUAUCAAUUUUAUCUAAAAUUAACCUAUUGGUGAACUUCUCA